AAGUACAAGGAGCGAGGGACGGUUCUGGCCGAAGACCAGCUGGCCCAGAUGUCUAAGCAGCUGGACAUGUUUAAGACCAACUUAGAAGAGUUUGCCAGCAAACACAAGCAAGAGAUCCGUAAAAACCCCGAGUUCCGGGUCCAGUUCCAGGACAUGUGUGCAACCAUCGGAGUGGAUCCUUUGGCGUCUGGUAAAGGAUUCUGGUCAGAGAUGCUGGGAGUUGGAGACUUUUACUAUGAACUGGGUGUGCAGAUCAUUGAAGUCUGCCUGGCUCUGAAACACAGGAAUGGAGGUCUGAUAACACUGGAAGAACUUCAUCAGCAAGUGCUGAAGGGAAGGGGGAAGUUUGCUCAGGAUGUCAGCCAGGAUGAUCUCCUUCGUGCCAUCAAGAAACUGAAGGUCUUGGGGAGUGGCUUUGGGAUCAUCCCUGUUGGUGGAACGUAUCUGAUCCAGUCAGUACCAGCUGAGCUGAACAUGGAUCACACUGUCGUCUUGCAGCUAGCAGAGAAAAAAGCCUACGUAACAGUCAGUGAGAUCAAGUCCAGCCUGAAGUGGGAGACGGAACGUGCAAAGCAAGUGCUGGAACACUUGCUGAAGGAAGGAAUGGCCUGGCUGGAUACGCAGGCAGCAGGAGAACCUCAGUACUGGCUGCCUGCUCUCUUUACAGAGCUGUACUCUCAGGAAAUCACUCCAGAGGAAGCCAAGGAGGCAAUACCUUGACUGCUCUGUGCCUGUACAGAAUUCUUCUUGUGAGGUUAUUGGCAUAUCACCUGAAACACAGCGACAGUGGACUUGAAAUAAAAGUUUUGUAAAAAG